UGGACGACAGAGUACUAACCGUGCAGAAAAAGCUGGAAACUAUUUAAAGUCAUAGUAUAUUAAAGCAUAAUUACCUAUUGAUCUCCAGCUGACCCAAGGAAUAUAAAAAAAACUGCUCCAGGAAAAAGGACACUGUCUUACAUGUCUCCGUUAGUUAUCAUUAUGUGUAGACGAUCCUCAGGUUAUUGAAAUUAAAACAGUGAAAAACCAAUCACACUUCAUUAGAUUCAGCCAUACAGCAAAUAAAUCCACUCUGUGAUAGUGUAGGCAGUCAUAUUUCUGGAUAUUUAUUUCAUCUGAACCACUCAGUGGAGAAAGAAGUGUCCAGUGACAAUCUAACAUGGACAGCCAGCAACAGCCAGUCAGAGACCAGGGGCUCAUUUCUGUUGCCUCACAUGUGCUGGAUGAUUCUGAUAUUAGAAAUCAUCGAUCUACUGAUGCAGUAUAUAUUGGAUUACAUGUGCCAAAAAGAAAACAUCGACACAAACGCCACAAACACCGAAAGGUAGAAGGGGAUAAAACUCAAAGUAGCCAGCCAGAGGUCUUCAAAGAUGUUGCUAACCCGGCCCAGCGGGUCCAGUUCUUGUUGGGGGAGGAUGAGGAUGAAGAACACAAAGCCCAUGAUUUGUUCUGCGAGAUGGAGGAACUCUUCUAUAAUGGAGAUCAAAUAGAGUGGAAGGAGUCCGCUAGGUGGAUUAAGUUUGAAGAAGAUGUGGAGGAAGGUGGAGAGAGGUGGUCCAAGCCACACGUAGCCACUUUGUCUCUCCACUCUCUGUUUGAACUGAGAUGUAACAUCCUCAAUGGAACUGUCAUGUUUGAUAUAGAACCCUAUGACCUGCCAUCUCUUGUUGAGUUGGUGGUAGACACUAUGGUUGCUAGUAAACAACUGGAGGAGAACCUAAAGGAACAAUUUGUAGACACCAUGUUGAUCAGGCAUCGUCACCAGAACCAGAAAAAGCCACAAAAGGUGGAUGAAAAUGGAGGCAGCAAACUUCAUUUGCCCUUAAUUCGAUCUUUUGCUGACAUCGGCAGGAAGAGUUCAGUCCCUUCCUUCCAAAAACAUGCUGAAGAUCCAAGCAAUCCAGCACAGAUACUAAAGAACAAGUUCAAAAGCGCCAAAAGUUCUCCCAACUUCCACGCUCCAGAAAAACAAGAGAGUGCACCAUUAGAACACCACCCGACUUACACAGGGAGUUUAUCUACCAAUCAAAGUAGCAGUGAUUUGCUAACCCGAGACUCCUCACACAAGGACUUGAGCCAUAUGAGCAAUCAUAGUCUGCACUUUAUGAAGAAGAUUCCCCCAGGGGCAGAGGCAGCUAACAUUCUAGUCGGAGAAGUGGAGUUCCUGAAUCAUCCUGUUGUCGCCUUUGUCCGGCUCCUACAUCCUAUCAUCCUGAGGGAUUUAACAGAGGUUCCUGUGCCAACCAAAUUUGUGUUUAUGUUGCUGGGACCUAUGGGAGGCCAGAGCAAGUACCACGAAAUAGGACGGUCUAUAGCCACAUUGAUGUCAGAUGAGGUGUUCCAUGAUGUGGCGUACCAUGCCAGGAGCAGAGAUGACCUGUUGGCUGGGAUUGAUGAGUUUCUGGAUCAAGUCACAGUUCUCCCCCCUGGAGAGUGGGACCCCAGUAUCAGGAUUGAACCUCCCAAACAGAUCCCCUCCCAGGAGAGCAGAAAGAACAACUGUUAUACUCCCCCAGCCAAGGCUGAAGGGGGAGACCCAGAGGAGGUUGAGAUUGAAAUGGAUCAUGUUGACUCCUCGCUUGUUAGGACAGGGAGAUUGUGUGGAGGCAUUUUAAAUGACAUCAAGAGGAAGAUUCCUUUUUAUGCCAGUGACUUUAAGGAUGCACUACAUGUUCAGUGUCUAGCCUCGUUUAUCUUUUUAUACUUUGCUUGUCUAACCCCUGUCAUUACAUUUGGAGGUCUUCUAAAUGAUGCCACAGAUGGUAACAUGGCUGUGUUUGAGAGUAUUUUAGCAGCAGCUAUAUGUGGUAUAUUUUAUGCAUUAUUGUCUGGUCAACCUCUCACCAUUCUAGGCAGUACUGGGCCAGUACUUGUGUUUGAAACCAUCCUACACCAUUUUUGCAAAGACAAUGGCUGGGAUUAUCUUGAGUUCAGGUUAUGGAUUGGGUUGUGGACAGGUAUUCUUCUCAUAAUCAUGGUGAUUCUGGAUUUAUCUGCCUGGGUACAGUACAUCACUCGCUUCACGGAGGAAAGCUUUGCACUUCUUAUCUCCCUUAUCUUUAUCAAGGAGGCCUUUGCCAAGCUAGCCAAAGUGACAUUAACCCAUCCGAUCCACUUUCCCAUUGAAACCCGCCCUGGAUGGUGUCAGGGAAUAUGUCGACCUCCUCUGUCAGAGGAGGUAUCAAACGACACACUAGCUAACGUCACUGUGGUCAGUACGACAGUGGUGGCCAGUACUACAACGAUGUCAACAUUCAGUAACACAACCAACAACACGACGACAAUCUCUUUUGAAUCAACUCUCCUCUGGGCCAACAAGAGUUUGGAGGAUUGUGUACUAAGUGGAGGACAUUGGGAUAAAACCUAUGAUUGCCACAGUGACACUGAGCCAGAAGUCUUCUUUCUCUCUGUGAUUCUAUUUUUAGGAACAUUUCUCAUCUCUAUGACUCUGAAGAGAAUGCGUACCAGUAAAUUUUUCCCAACACAAGUCAGAGGAAUAAUAAACGAUUUUGCUGUGAUGAUUGCUAUUGUGAUAAUGGUGCUGACUGACUUCCUCUUGGGUAUUCCUACACCAAAACUACACGUUCCUGAGGAAUUCAGGCCCACUAGUGAUAAAAGAACUUGGGUUGUAAAUCCAAUAGAUAAGAACCCGUGGUAUCUACCGAUAGCUGCCAUUAUCCCGGCAUUACUUGCUACCAUCCUUAUUUUCAUGGAUCAACAGAUCACAGCUGUCAUUGUCAACAGGAAGGAGAAUAAACUUGUGAAAGGUAAAGGCUACCACUUGGACCUGUUUGUGGUGGCAUGUCUGAUCAUCAUCUGUUCCUUCCUGGGGCUGCCAUUCUUCGUGGCAGCUACAGUCUUGUCUAUUACCCAUGUUAUGAGUCUGAAGAAAGAAUCAAAAUGUGCCGCCCCAGGAGAGGCACCAAAGUUCCUGGGUGUCAGAGAGCAGAGAGUUACUGGCUUUAUGAUCAACUUGAUGAUUGGUAUCUCCAUUUUACUGACAGGGAUUUUAAAGCACAUCCCGAUGCCUGUGUUAUAUGGAGUAUUCUUGUAUAUGGGUGUGUCCUCUCUCCGCGGAAUGCAGAUCGUGAACCGGAUCCUGAUCUGGUUCAUGCCCCAGAAGUACCAGCCAGACUAUAUGUACCUCCGACAUGUUCCUACUAAGAGAGUCCAUCUAUUCACUGCUAUACAAGUCAUGUGUCUAGUGAUUCUGUGGAUUGUUAAAAGCAUUAAAGACACUUCAAUUGUUUUUCCUUUAAUGGUGUUGGCUAUGUGUUUUGUAAGGAAGGGAUUAGACUGGAUUUUCACGCAGGAUGAAUUACGAUGGUUGGAUGAUAUCAUGCCUGAAAUACACAACAGAAAUAAGGAAGACGAAGAUAAGGAAAAGAAGGACAAAGAAGAAAAGGAGAAAGAAAUGGCAUCGCUACCAAAUGGAUCCUCCUCAGCAAACUCUCUCCACAUGAACGUUGUCAAAGUGGGAAUCAACACACCAGACAGUGAUAUGUGUAUAUCUGACGAGAUGACAAAAACCAGUCUCUGGAAGUCUAUUAUUGCUAACGAGUCGUCCCCCUCCCUCAACAGCAACAAUAGUGUAACAAAACAUAGGAAGCAUAAAAACAGUAAAAACAAAUCCUCAGGUCAAGGGGUGUCUUUCUACAUAGACGAAGAGGAAAAGGAGCACCUGUUAUCAAACAAGGCCCCUGAAAUUGUGGUGGAUCCACCCAGCAGAGAUCACAGUGAUAAUGAAGAGAAGGAUAGUAAAAUGUGAUAAAGCCAUGUGUAGUCCCCCCCCCCCCCCCCCAAAAAAAAUACAAAUGUGAUGUCAUUUUGUUAAGGAUUGCUAAAAGCUAUUUAUUAUUAUGUACAUUGUACAAUAUUUUAGGUUUGGAUCUUGUUAAAUUGCAUUUAUUUUGAGUGAAUGAAGUUGAGAGCCUGUCAGUGUAAAAAUUCAUCUUGUAUGAUUGUAGAGUACAUGAAGUUGUCCAAUGUCAGGAAUAGAAUAAGAGUGAAGUGUUUCAAAAUCAGCGAAUAAUUAUCAAAAUCAGUUUGCAUUUGUUUGAGUUCAUCAAGGUUCAGGGCAUCAUGUUUCACAAGCAACUUUUGGAUUUAUUAUUAUUAUUAAUUUUUUACUUGAUAUAUUUUGAAAAUAAUUCAUACAAUGCUAAUCAAAUUAAGUAAUUUGUUUUAAUAUACCUCCAGUUACCCUUCAAGAAUCAAGAUUGUCCAAAUAAAAAAUGGGGGAUAGGCAGCACUGCAUAAAAUAGGUUGGGAAUUGGCUAAAAUACAUUACAUGUUAAAUAUUUUCUGUAGUGCUGAAGAAAUCUAUGUACUACACUGUUAGGGAUUCAAAUGUCAUAUUUUAUGUUGUGAUAUUGGUCUUUGAAUUUUCCCUGCAGAUAUUGUAUCUAAAACUAUUCAUGUUUUCCUUUUUUGUUUGUUUUUUGUUGUUUCUUUUUUAUUUAAAAAUUAUGUCUCACUUUUGUAGCUUUAUUCAUCUAUCCCAGUGCAUAAAAUUUUUAAUUAUGAUUUCCAGCAUUGAAAUCCGUAUCUUUAUAAAGAUUUUUAUAAAUUUCUUUAUAUUUCUAUAUUUACAUGUAUAUUUAGGAUAUUCAUUGAUUGUUUAUUUUGUUUGUCUUCAUUUUUCUCCCUUUAUUUCUUACUUUUUGAUAUGAAUUUUUUUUUUUAGUUUUGGCACAUGCCUUUUUAUGAAAGGUUGUAUGAACUUGGAAAAAAAACACCCUUACAACGGAAAUCUUUCUGAAGCCCUUUGAUGCAUAUUUUUUUAUGUAGAUGUGUGGGUGGUGAUAGUAUUAAUAAAUGUAAAAUGGAGGGUUUUUCUAGGGCUAAGUAGUUCAGAACUAUGUCAAGUAGCUCUUUCUUACAAGAAAUUCUUUCUUCCCACUUGAAACAUGUUGAUUUUAUUAUAGAUUUACAAAUUAAAAUGAUACCUUGAGAUGUUUUAAUUAAAGUGCAUUUUUAGGCAUCUGAUUGUAUGCCCAAAAUUGAUCAACCUGUGUGUGAUUAUGAAUUAACGAUAGUAUUAAUUCAAGGUCUUAAGUGAAAUAGAGGACAAUGGUCAGUUAGCCUGAUAUGUAUUUUGUCACAAAUACAUAUUGUGUAUUUAUGUACUGUUUGAUGUGUGUUCAAUAACUGCAAUACCUGGGGGUAAAAUGUUACUACUGUUUUGUCCAUUUCCUCUUUAUGUUACCCUCCACUGUUUUUCUUUCCAUAUGUAAUCAUUAUAUUAAGCUUUGUUGCAAUAUUCUAUUAUAAUGCUCUUGGUGGUCAUAACCUGUAACUUUCAUGCAUUUUAUAUAAUUUUUCUUCAGUGCUUUUUUUUUUGUUGGAUCUCAUAGAUAUUGAAUGCUCUAAGCUUGUUUGAAACAUGGAUUGAUUCUGAUUUAAUACACACAUUUAUUAUUGAAGAGACAGAAGGGCUUGUAGAUGGACACACAAAUACUGUUAUAAACUCAGGCAUUUAGAAAACAUAUCAGUUUUUGUGUUGCCCUGUACUAUAAAUUUAUUUUUAUCUCGGAUAACUGGAACAGUUAUUGGGUGAAGUAAUUAAGAGACAGAAUAAAAAGGAACAUACCAUUUGUUAAGGUCACUCUUUUUACAUGAAAUACAUGUAUAUGUACAUGUAUUCCUAGGCAUUUAGCCUCUUAUUAUGAAUGAAUUGUAACUUGUUCAUUUGUCAAACUGUUAAGAGAUUAUCAUGAAUUCAUGCAAUUAUCACCUCUUGCUAAAAUGCACCUAAAUAUUGGUUAUGGAAGGACACAAAAGGUCAAAAUGCAUAUCCAUUGUGCUACAGUCUAUUUAUCCAGCACUUUUUGCAUUAGAAUCAUCAGUGUAUAACGUUUUAUUGCUUCACCCAAAUGGUCAGUUUGAUUAUUGUUGAUUGUAAACAUUUUAAAUAAUUACUAGCCUUCAAAGGCAAGAUGAUUUAAGUUUUCUGCUGUGCAGGAAUCACACAGUAUUGUUUAAAUAUUAACAUUCACUUAUACAAUACUGUGUCAUGCUGUGCUCUAGUUCAAUUCUGAAUCAUUGAAAUAAUUUGAAUUUAAUGAUCCAUUCACUUUAAUUCAUAUGCUCUUGUCCAUGUUUAAAAACAAACAGUAUAUGAAAACUUUCUGUUUCAUUGAAAUGAUAUGUAUUUUGAACUUUCAUGAAAUCAUGUAAACUAAGCUUUUGUCUUGCUAUGAAUUCAAUACAGCCCAUGAAGGCCCAAAUGUUUCUCAGACACAACUGCAUUAUACUGAAUGCUACCCAUGAGAAAGGGAAUGACUCAAUUUCGAAAAUUGAGUUAUUCCCCAUAAUAGAAAUUGCAAUAAAAAUACAUGUAUUAACUCUGCCUGCUGUAUUUUAUUUUGAAAUUGUUGACUCAACAAAACUAUUAUUACUAUUAUAUUGUAUGAUCAUUGAAUUUCAGAUUCAACAUUAAUUAUUAACUAAACCUUGUGGUAGUUCAACUCCUAUCUUUGCUAGCCAGUUGUUUCUGAUCCUCAUUCUGAAGAGUGGGUCAGAAACACUCCACUAGUGAAGAUGUUCAACUCCCUGUUGAACAUUAUUAGAAGAACUGAUGAUUGCAUACACCAUUAGGUUUUGUCAGAUGUCAUACAUUUUGUGUUUGGUGUAUUUUCGUCAGGAUAUCACAUCACUUUUUAUAAUUUGGUUUGUUUUUUUUAGCAAUGGAUUUUUCCACUAUGUUGGUUGUUACAAACAAGAGGAAAGAAAGUUGUUUCCCCUUGUUUCUUAUUGAUUAUUAUUAGUAAUUUGUUGAGAAUGUGUUUUGAUGAACAUCAUUAUGGAAUUAGGCAGGUAUAUUAAACUGUUAACAAGUUGUGUAGUCAGUGAAUUCAUGCUGAACGUGAAUAAAUCAUGAACUAAGUC